CAGUGAGAAACGGAGGAAUCGACACACUGAACAGUGAGAAACGGAGGAAUCGACACACUGAACAGUGAGAAACGACACAUUUCGAGCGGAGAAAUUGAUUUCAGAACUGCGCAGUGAUGAAGAUUCUGCUUUUCCUCGUGUUUGGGGUUCAUCUUGCAGCAGCAGUCACACACACUCUGCAGGUCUUCUACACUGGAGUCACACCAGGAAUAAAUUUCCCAGAAUUCACUGCUCUCAGUCAGCUGGAUGGAGUGCAGUAUGAGUACUACGACAGCAAGAUCAGAAAGAAGAUCCCAAAGACGGAGUGGAUAAAGAAGAUCGACGCUGAUGAUCCACAUUACUGGAACACAUACACACAGGUGCUGCAGGAAAAUGAGGAGAUCUUCAAAUUCAAUGUGGAUACACUGAUGCAGCGCUUUAAUCACACUACAGGAGUUCACACAGUGCAGGUGAUGUACGGCUGUGAGCGUGACUAUGAUGGCACCAUUAAAGGAUAUAGUCAGUACGGUUAUGAUGGAGAAGAUUAUCUCAGUUUUGAUCUGAGAACUCUCACCUGGAUCGCUCCGACACCUCAAGCUCUGAUCACCAAGAACAAGUGGGAAAAUUAUCCUGGUUAUAAUAUACAGUGGAAGAACUACCUGGAGAAAGAGUGUAUUGAGUGGAUAAACAGACACCUGUCUUACGGCAAAGAGACUCUGGAGAGGAAAGUUCGUCCUACAGCGUCAGUGUUCCAGAAACACUCGUCUUCUCCAGAGGUGGUGUGUCAUGCUACAGGUUUCUUCCCCAAAACAGUGAAUAUCACCUGGCAGAAGGACGGAGAGGACGUGCAUGAGGACGUGGAGCUCAGAGAGACGUUACCCAACCAGGAUGGAAGCUUCCAGAAGAGAAGCAUUCUGACAGUCUCAGCUGAGGAUCUGCAGAAACACACCUACACCUGCGUGAUUCAGCACAGCAGCUUGGAGAAGGAGAUAGUGCUGCCUGUGAGCGAGCGCCAAAUCCUGAAUCCUGAACUAGGAUCAGAUGGAGGAUCAGAUGGAGGAUCAGGUGGAGGAUCAGAUGGAGGAUCAGGUGGAGGAUCAGAUGGAGGAUCAGGUGGAGGAUCAGCGUCACUAUUCCAGGAAGAAGCCGCCUCUCCAGAGGUGGUGUGUCAUGCUACAGGUUUCUUCCCCAAAACAGUGAUGAUCACCUGGCAGGACGGAGAGGACGUGCAUGAGGACGUGGAUCUCAGAAAGACGUUACCCAACCAGGAUGGAAGCUUCCAGAAGAGAAUCAUUCUGACAGUCUCAGCUGAGGAUCUGCAGAAACACACCUACACCUGCGUGAUUCAGCACAGCAGCUUGGGGAAGGAGAUAGUGCUGCCUGUGAGCGAGCGCCGAAUCCUGAAUCCUGAACUAGGAUCAGAUGGAGGAUCAGAUGGAGGAUCAGGUGGAGCUCCGAUUAGUAUCAUCGUUGCUGUAGUUGUGGCUCUCGUUGCUCUCGUUGUCAUUGUUGGAACUGUGGUCAGGAAGAACAACAACUCUGGCUUCUCGUCUGUUCCACCAACCUCCACGACCUGGUAAAGGAAGAGAGGAAGAUGAGGACCACACACACACACACACACACAUUAUUUCAGUGGGUAAUCCAACCUUAUUUUCUCCCGAAUUUAGUCAUGGCCAAUUCCCACCUAUCAGGUAUCUCCUCUAUCACAUGACUGCUACCAGCCAGGGAGGGUGAAGGCUAUCACAUGCUUCCUCCGAGGCAUCUUUUCAAACCACAUGCUUCUGAACUGCAGCGCCUGCACUGUCAGGGGGGCGGCAUAACCCUCUCUGAGGAAAGUGUACAGUAGAAUAGAGGCAUUUUUCUUGAAAUCCUUCCAAACAACUUGUGGUGAUGUAGGUAACUUCGGAUUGUAGUUUUGGAGACUUUCUGACCCCAAGACACAACUAACUUCUGCAGUUCUCCAGCUGAGAUCCUUGGAGAUGUUUUAUCCACUCGAACCGUCCUCUUCACAGUGCGUUGAGACGAUAUAGACACACGUCCAAUUCCAGGUCGAUUCAUAACAUUUCCAUUUGACUGGAACUUCUUAAUUAUUGCCCUGAUGGUGAAAUGGGCAUUUUCAAUGCUUGUGCUAUUUUCUUAUAGACACUUUCCAUUGUGUGAAGCUCAACAACCUUUUGCUGCACAUCACAGCUAUAUUCCUCGCUCUUACCCAUUGUUAUGAAUGACUAAGGGAAUUCUUGAACAAUUUCCUGUUCCUAGUCACCCAGGUGUACUAAAAAAGUGUAAAACAUCAAUGGGAAUAUACUUCAAAUAUAUUUUUCUCAUAUGAAUUCAUAGGGGUGCCAAUAAUAGUUGCACACCUAUAUUUUACAAUUGUUUUUAUAAACCUAUAUUUUGUUUGCAAUUGUUUGAUAUGCAUGAGAGCAGAGAAUUGUUGUGAAUGUUCAAAAAGUUAAACAAUAAAGAAUUUUUCACAGCC